AUCUUUUAUGCUUACAACACAAGUAUUUAAUUCUUUUGCUCAAAGACAAAGUAAUGGAAUAAUCAAAUUAUUGGCUUAUGGAGUAUUCUUUGGUGGAGCUUAUGGAUGUGCUUGGCAUUAAUGGAGAGGUGCUCAAUAGAAAUAACUUUAUGAAAAGGUUGAAAAUGAAAUUACUGAAUGGAAACCUAUAACAAUUAAUGGAUUAAAUGCCAAUAGAUAUCCAUGGGCUCGUAAUAUUAGAAAUUGGGAAUAUAAAUUAGUCAAAUUAUAUGGAUAUUUCAGAGUAUUCAAUUAAUAUAAUUAAUAUAGGAUGAAAGAUUUUUUGUUAGAAGAGAAAGAGAAGGUAGAGAUGGGUUUCUUGUUUUUGCUCCAUUUGUAACAGCAUUACAAUUUAAUGAUACUGAAUAAGAUCCUGAAUAAACAACUAAAUCUUAAGUGAUGGUUAAUUUAGGUUGGGUACCUAAAGAUAAUAUUAGUGAUAUUUAAAUGGGACAAGAACCCAUUGGUACAACUGUAUAUUAUUUUAUUUAAUAUUUAGACAUUUGAAAAUGUUCCUCAUAAUGAGGAUGAUGAUUAAUUGACUGGAUUCAAUAGAAAUGUAGCCAAUAUGGAAGAAGAUUACUAAAUGCCUUUUGUUGAAUUUGUUGGUAUGGUCAGAAGAGGAGAAGAAGAAGAUAUUUUAAAAGGACGUAGAAAUUGGCCAAGAGAAGGAGUUUACAAUUACAUAGAUUUAUGGUUCAUGUCUAAAUUAUACAGAUCUUUCAAUUUGGUAUAUAGAUAUACUAUUAUUUAUUAAUUUAGACUGAUAGUUCUUCUGCCUAUAUUGAAAGAUUAGUGUAAGAGUAUGAUGAAGAAUCUGCCAAUUUAUAUCCCAUUCCUGCCACUAAAGACAAUUUUGAUAAGCCUUUACCUACACCUUAAACUCAUUAAGCUUAUUCAUUAUUUUUUGGCCUAUCAUCUAUAAUGUCUCUAGCCCUUUUAGCCAUUAGAAGAUGAAUACCAACAUUAAAAAUAUUACCAUAUUCCAAAAUAUAAGCA